UACAGCUAGCUAUAAAAGCAAUGACCCUCUCCCCCCGCCUCAUAGAAAAUUUUAGAAAUAUAAUAGAUUUUCGCUUUGGUGUUAUCAUUGUUCGAUGUUUUUCGCGUUUCACGAAAGCUGAGUUCCUCCCUUCGUUCCUCUUCAUCCUUCGCCUCCCCUUCUCUUCGAAAAACCCUAACCCUACUUUCGGAAAGGAAGAUUCCCGUUCGUUUAGCUUUUUAUUGCAGCUCUUCAAAGUUCAAAUCGAUGGCUGCGAAGCCUCUAACAAGCGAAGCAAUUGCUCUGACAGAGAAGAAAAUGGACAUGACUUUAGAUGAUAUUAUCAAGAUGUCCAAGAAAUCUACUUCUAAAACUAAAAAGCAAAGGGCUCCAAAUAAAAGCCAAAAAUUGUUCAGUGGUGGGGCUGCCCCUCAAGGGAAUGCUUCUAAGGUGCGACGCUAUAUGGAUUCUAGAUCCUCACUUAGACAGGGGGUGCUUGCUCAGAGACGUUCCAAUUUCCAAGGGGACCAGUUUCCUUUGACAACUGAAGCUGCAAGGAAGGCUGCAGCUGCUCCUAUUCGCAACAGAGCUAUUAAUAACCGUAAUAGGGUGGUCAAUUGGAAUAAACCAAGGAUUGGAGCUCGACCACUUCAGAGGAGAACUACCGAAGGAGGUUUUUCUGUGAAGCAGCAGCAGCAGCCAGCUAAGGUGGUGCCUAAGCAGAGGCCUCAAACAUUGGAUUCCUUGUUUGCGAACAUGAAGGAGCAGAGGAUGAGGGCUUUAUCCCGACAGGACAAUGCAAGACGCUCUGGUGCAGCUGUUCAGCAACCGCAGCAGUGGGGAAGAGGCCGAAGUGGUAACUUUGUCAACUAAGAAGUGACUUCCAUUAUUCUGCAGCCAGAUCAUUGUGUCAUGUUCUUGGGUUUUUUUUUUUGUUUUUGUUUUUGCGCUAGGGAGUCUUACAGCAAAUUCCUGAUCUACAUUUGAUAUUUUAGCCAUUUUGGUUUUUCCCUUUUUUUGGUUAUGGAUACACAACGGCUAUCUGUCGUCCCUUAAUUCGUUUUCAUUUAGCUUAAUUAACAUGCUUCCAAUCCCAUCCAAUGUACAUUUACGCUUUUUUUCUUCGUUUCCUUGUUAUUUAUAUUUAUAUGCCCAACGGGCUUACUUCA